AUGCCUGCUACUACUCCCGCCGCUUGGAGACAGGCCUCUCGCGCCUGCGCCAGGCGCCUAUCAUCCCAAGGUGCUUGGGCUGUUCCUCGCCGUGUUCCUUUCGCCGGUGCCCGCGGCGUUCGUUCUUAUGUCACCGAGACCAAGGCCGACCAUGCUCAAGUCAACGUCGAAACCGCCAUCAAGGAGGAACAAAAGUCGUUUAUGAAGAAGGCUGGAGUUGCCCCUGGUGCUGUUAAAUUGCCUGGCACUCCUGCCUCUGCCGACGCUGCCAUGAGUCCCGCCGCUGCUGUUCUCAAGCAGGCGACUGUUAUGGACCAGGGAACCCGCCCUAUUUACCUCGAUAUGCAAGCUACCACCCCCCUUGAUCCCCGCGUUCUCGAUGCUAUGCUGCCAUACCUUACCGGAAUCUACGGAAACCCCCACUCGCGAACACACGCCUACGGUUGGGAAUCGGAGAAGGCUGUCGAAGAGGCCCGUGAACAUAUCGCCAAGCUGAUCGGUGCCGACCCCAAGGAGAUCAUUUUUACCAGCGGUGCCACAGAGAGUAACAACAUGAGUUUGAAAGGUGUGGCCCGUUUCUUUGGACGUUCCGGAAAGAAGAACCACAUCAUCACUACUCAGACUGAGCACAAGUGUGUCCUUGACAGCUGCCGUCACUUGCAGGAUGAAGGCUUUGAGGUCACCUACCUGCCAGUCCAGAACAACGGUCUCAUUCGUAUGGAAGAUCUGGAGGCUGCUAUGCGUCCCGAGACCGCCAUUGUCAGUGUCAUGGCUGUCAACAACGAGAUUGGUGUGAUUCAGCCCUUGGAGGAGAUCGGCCGUCUCUGUCGAUCUAAGAAGGUCUUCUUCCACACCGAUGGUGCUCAGGCUGUCGGCAAGAUUCCUCUUGAUGUGAACAAGCUCAACAUUGAUUUGAUGUCCCUUUCCAGCCACAAGAUUUACGGCCCCAAGGGUGUUGGAGCUUGCUACGUGCGUCGUCGCCCUCGUGUUCGUCUCGAUCCCCUCAUCACCGGUGGAGGUCAGGAGCGUGGUCUGCGCAGCGGUACCUUGGCUCCUCAUCUGGCUGUUGGAUUUGGUGAGGCCUGUCGCCUUGCUCUUCAAGAUAUGGAGUAUGACACAAAGCACGUGGAGCGCCUCUCAAAGCGUCUGAGCACCGCCUUGCUGUCCAUGGAACACACCACCCUCAACGGUGACCAUGAGCACCACUACCCUGGCUGCGUGAACAUCUCAUUUGCCUACGUGGAGGGUGAGUCCCUGCUGAUGGCCCUGAAGGACAUUGCCCUGUCUUCCGGUAGUGCCUGUACUUCAGCCUCUUUGGAGCCCAGCUACGUUCUGCGCGCCCUGGGUAGCAGUGAUGAGAGUGCCCACAGCAGUAUUCGAUUCGGUAUUGGUCGUUUUACCUCUGACUCUGAGAUUGACUACGUUAUCAAGGCUGUCCAGGAGCGUGUAGACUUCUUGCGUGAGCUCAGCCCGCUCUGGGAGCUUGUGCAGGAGGGUAUUGACCUGAACACAAUCGAGUGGAGCCAGCACUAA